UUCUUCGUGUUAGCUAGGGCUCGGCGACUAGCAAGAUCGUUUCCAGGGCAAGAAAUCUCUCGAUCGAGAAUGCAGAGCGUCGCGGGAGCUCUUCGUGCCCAGGGGAGGGUCGCGCAGCAAGGGAUUCUCAAGCAUCUUCGCGUGGCGGCCACGAAUGAUCGGUUCCAGCUCCCUCGCUGGGAAUCCUCUGUCGCCAAGCCGUCAAGCUUGGAAGAGCAUGGCUUCGAGAGCACGACCAUCGAAGAUAUCUUGAAAGGAAAGGGGAAGAGCGCCGAUGGAUCGUGGCUCUUUUGUUCCACCGACGACACUGUGUACGAGGCCGUGAGAUCUAUGACAACUCACAAUGUGGGAGCGCUCUUGGUGGUCAAGAAGGGCGAGAAGGGAGCCAUCGCUGGAAUUAUCACCGAGAGAGACUAUCUCCGGAAGAUCAUAGUCCAGGGGCGUUCUUCCAAAACAACCAAAGUUGGGGAUAUCAUGACUGAAGAGAACAAGCUCAUUACUGUCACACCCUCCACUCGAGUUCUCCAGGCAAUGGAGCUCAUGACUGAGAAGCGCAUCAGGCACAUCCCCGUUGUCAAGGACAAGAAAAUGCUGGGAAUGGUAUCGAUCGGUGACGUUGUCCGCGCUGUUGUGGACGAGCACCGCGAAGAACUCAAGCGGCUCAACUCGUUUAUCCAGGGCGGAUACUGAACUUUGAGAGAAGUCUUUGUUUUGGACGAGAUGAUGACGAUAAAGGAAAUGCCAAGUGGCAGGGUAUCUGCCACGUCGGACCUUAGAUGCUUUAAGAAUCAAUGCGCCUCUCUUCUUUUCUAGGGUUCUUAGCAAGGGUUUCGCGCAGCCGCGGCGGCUAGACUAGAGGGGAAGUGUGCGCCAUUUACCAAUUUCAGGGGCUCUCUCUAUACCCUGUGAUCUAAUGGCUUUGGCGCUAGAUCGACCAUGGCCAUUCUGGUUGAUGGGAUUGUCAGUUCUCAUCAACCCGGGAAACUCCAUGAACAUUUUCUUCUUG